AAUCGAGUAUAUGUAUAGACGACGAUCGCGAGUCGCACAGUGUUUAUGUGUAUAUACGCGUAUGCAUUAGAGGCCUAUUAUACUGCAUUGUUAUAUACGCCGCCAACAGCAGCAGCCAACGCACCGCACCGCCACCGUCAGCUAUACACAUCAGUCGUCGCUGCACAGCUGCUGCUGCUGCCUCGUGAAUCGUGGACUUGGUGCUAGCAACUUGUGCUGACGACAUAUACACGAUACAUACUUACACCCGUAUACAUAAUUACUCAAACAUAGAGAGAGACAGAGUCGAAGAAGAAAGUUUGCUGCCUGCUGUCAAGUGCACUGCACAAGGCACACGGGGCGAGCAUUAUUAUACGAGCGAGCCUCUGCCGCGCGCGACUCUCGGACUCUUAUUGUCGUCGUAGACUCGUAGUAUUGUAACUGCGAGUGUGUAUCGUGUGUGUGUGUGUAUGCGCGUGUGUUUGUGUGCUGCGGACUCUAUCGAAUCGCAAUAGUGCGCGUUCGUUGCAGCAGACAUUGAUACACAAAGUUGUGCGCUGAGAUUGGCAGUGUUUGUGCGUGCGUUGGUGCGAGCGAGUGUGUUGUUGCCGUUUUACAACGCGCAAAACGUGAAACACCAGCAGUAGCAGCGGCCUAUUACUCGGGCAGAGUCUCGUCUCUUCGUGGGCCACAUUCUAAACGUUAUAACUCCUCGGCAGAGAGACAGCAUCGUCACCUCAUAUAUAUCAACGUCGUUGUCACCAGCGAUACACCAGCUCCAGCGGUGCACUGCUGCUGCUGCUGCUGCUCCGUUAUCCUCGGGCUGUUCAUUUAGACACGUCUGUAGUAUAUAGCUCGCGCAGCAGGCACUGUUGUCGUCGUCGUCGUCGUCGUUGGUCGGAUUCGUGCGGGCGCCAGCCGUGGAAUAUCUCCAUAAUUGACAACGCACGACGUCGAGUGCGGCCCGAGCGCCGAGCUAACUCACGGUCUAUAUGAACACCAAGGGUCAGAGCGACCCUGGAGAAUCCAGGGUAGGAGCAGAGAGCCCUUGCAGCGACAUGAAGCGAACUGCUGCCAAGAAGUUGAUCGAGCGAUAUUUCUUCCAGCUGAUCGAUGGCUGCGGCAACAGAAACUGCGACAAUCAGUACUGUGCUUCUAGUGGCAAGUUGACAAAUCUCACGGCUAACGAAGCGGCCGCACAGGCCAUCAACCUUUUCUCACAAGAUGCGAGGUUGUGCGACGGUGCUCAACCCAGCAAAGUACCCAGAACAGCUUUGGAUUUGGACUUGGAGCCUGGGCCAGCAUCCGUAGCCAAAAGCUUACCCAACAAAAAUGUCAAUCCAACAUGCUCUGUCAAAGGAAAAUCAGUGCCAUAUCUCACAGAAGGCAAACUUUUGGAUAUCAUUCAAAAAUGUAAAUCUGAAGGUUCUUAUUCACUCCUCAUCAGAACUCUGGGAGAGGUUUUUUCAUCAGCGCAAGCUUUAGCUCAAAGUUUCCAAAAAACGCCGAAAAAUGACUCACCACUAACAGCUCUGCUCGAUAGAGCACCAACUUCUUUGCUAUGUCCUCCAGGAGAUAUGAGCAAAGAAACAGUUCGAUCAUUACAAGGAGAGGAUAAAGAAGAAGAUAGUAGCGACCCAUCACCAUCAACACCUCUAUUUGAUGACACAAGUGUAGAUUUACCAGCAGUACGCAGAAGUUUUGCUGCACUUUGGUCUCUGCCAGGAGAAGCAUUUGAAUCAGCUUUAAUAAAUGCUCUAGUCACAUUGUCUGAUUAUAUAGAAUUAGAUCUGCGAGUUUUUGGUAUUAAUUCAGCAGACAGUACAGACAGCCUUCUAAAUGUAUUUCUUAUAGUGUUUGAAAUUCCGGUAUUAGGAAGUGGAGAAUAUUUGGAAAUGGCCCUACACAUGCUUUGUAAAGCUGCUAGUUGUUUGCCUAUUUCAGCACAAGCAAAGCUAGCUCGAGUCUGGGCUCGUCAUUGUAAAUCUCGACUAGCCGAUUUACUUCAAUCUUUGCAACAACUUAUUACUGUUAAGGUCAUAGGAAACACUUUUACUCGCGAUUAUUGCGUACAAGACUGUGACACUAUAACAGCACCAACAAAAGUAAUGAAAAUUUUAUACUAUGCUAGUAUUUUAGCCGGUGAACUGGAUUCACUUGACUUGACCUAUGAUGAAGAUGAUGAACCGGUUGAUAAAAGUUCGGUAAAGGUUCAAACGCCCCAGGACCCAUUAGCUGUUGAGUUGGGAAUCUCGCCAAUGGAUGCUCGUACUCCCCUGAUACCUUUAACUGAUUUUUACAAUGAGCCGUUGAGUGAUGCUGUUGAAAUGGACAAAGAUUAUGCAUAUUAUAAAAGUGAACAGCCAAAGAAGUUUAGCUUUAUGAAUUACUCCUUUAUACUUACUCCGGCAACAAAAACGUUAGGACUGUACUAUGAUAAUCGUAUUAGAAUGUACAGUGAACGUAGAAUGAGCUUUUUGCAAACUGUUGUUGGUCAACCCACAAAUCCCUACCUCAGAUUGAAGGUCCGGCGUGAUCAUCUAAUCGAGGAUGCUUUAGUAGAAUUAGAAGUUGUAGCGAUGGAUAAUCCGUACGACCUUAAAAAACAAUUAGUUGUAGAAUUUGAAGGGGAACAAGGAGUAGAUGAAGGAGGAGUUUCAAAGGAGUUUUUCCAAUUAGUUGUAGAAGAAAUUUUUAAUCCUGAUUAUGGAAUGUUUACGACUCAGGAAGAUACACAAACAAUGUGGUUUAAUCCGACAUCUUUCGAAAGUGAUGCUCAAUUUACCCUUAUUGGUGUUGUACUGGGUUUGGCUAUUUAUAAUAACGUGAUUUUGGAUGUACGCUUUCCCAUGGUUGUUUAUCGUAAAUUACUGGGAAGAAAAGGCAGUUAUGCCGAUCUAAAAGAUUGGAAUCCCACACUGUAUCGAACGUUAUUGGACAUGUUGAAUUACAAGGAGGACGAUAUCAGUGACACAUUUAUGCAGACAUUCAGAAUUGGUUACACUGAUGUCUUUGGAUCACUUCUAUUCCACGACCUAAAAGAAAAAGGAGACGAAAUAAAUGUGACCCAAGCAAAUAAGAAAGAAUUCGUCGACCUAUAUGCCGAUUUUUUGCUGAAUAAAUCGGUCGAUAGGCAGUUCAAAGCUUUCAAACGCGGUUUCCAAAUGGUCACCGACGAAAGCCCCUUGUCUCUGUUAUUCAGACCCGAAGAAAUAGAACAACUGGUUUGUGGAAGUAAAGUUUUCGACUUUACUGAAUUGGAAGCAGCCACGGAAUACGAUGGUGGUUAUACUGCUGAAAGCGACACGAUACGCAACUUUUGGACCGUGGCUCAUGCUCUAUCAGCAGAAAACCAGAGAAGACUUUUACAGUUCACAACAGGCAGUGAUCGUGUACCGGUCGGUGGAUUAUCGCGGCUGAAACUGGUCAUUGCUCGUCACGGAGAAGAUACCGACAGAUUACCUAUAGCUCAUACGUGCUUCAAUGUGUUAUUGUUACCAGACUAUUGUACAUUAGAAAAAUUGCAAGACAGACUACUAAAAGCCAUAAAUUAUUCAAAAGGAUUUGGCAUGCUGUAGACAUUUCGAAAAACGCUCUUCUUUUAUGACAUCAUUCAUCUAAAGCAGACAUUCGCUUAGUUUUAGAGUUUCAUUUACAAUAAAUGUCCUAAGAUUCAAGUUCAUGCAAGUACUUUUAUGAAUGGAGAUAAAUGGUUUUGUCAUUGAUGUUGAUACCAGUUAAAAAAAAACUGAUGAUUCCAUUUAUCUAUGUAUUUUUGUUAAUAAUUAGUAAAUAUGUUUGACAAAUUUCUUUUUGUAAUAUAUGAAAAACAUGAAAACUAAAUCGGUGAGUAAUCUUGUGGAUAUAAAGUGCAAAUUGCAGUCCAGGAACUGAACGUUUUAAGUGGCAAUCUAAGGAUAAAUAAGCUGUGUACAGAAUUUUUUUCAUAAACAAAAUCUUUUGAAAACAUUUUA